CCCAAAAUCCCCUAACCCUUCUUCUCCGUCUCAGAAUACCGAAACAGGGACUUGCCCCCUUCCACUCCAAGUUGCAAGUUGGAAGUUGGAAGUUGGAAGUUGGAAGUUGGAACCCUAGCUCCUUCCCCCUUCUUCUCCUUCUUCGUUCCCGGAGGCCGGCUACUGAGGGCGAUAGUCUUAAGAAUCAAUAUCGCUUGCUCCCUUCCUCUUCUCCGUGUCUCUUCCCAUUGGUUGCUGAAAGUUCCAUCGAAGGCGAUUGCAGCGGUGGAAGGGCGACUUACCGCUCCUCUUCUCCGGAGAGUCACCAUCUGAGGCUAUUGAGUUGAGAAACUGCCCUGGUGACCCUUCUUCUUCUCCGUAUCUUCUCUAAGAGGUUGAGGGAUAGAGACAAACAUAGAUGUAGAUAUAAACAAAGAAGGGGACUUUCAAGCUAGAGGCGGUCUUCCCAUUUUCUGAUUCUCUUGGCAGGCAAGAUGGAGGAAGAUGAGAUCGAGAAAGCUGUGCUUGCGUAUCUCAAGAAGAAGGGCUUUAAGCAAACAGAGCUUACCCUCCAGGAAGAACAAAGUAAGAGCUCCUCUGCUGCUGCUUCACAGACUGAUCCAGAAGUCGCCAAGAAGAUCCUUACUUUUUCUGAAUCAGAGAAUGGUCCAGCGCAGUACCAUGAGGGAUAUAGUAAAUUACGGUCAUGGACGUAUAGUUCUUUGGAUUUGUACAAGCAUGAGUUACUUCGUGUGCUCUAUCCUGUAUUUAUCCAUUGUUUCAUGGAUCUUGUGGCAAAAGGGCACACCCAGGAAGCUAGAACAUUCUUCAAUAGCUUCCGCGAAGACCAUGAAAUGAUGCAUUUACGAGACCUUCAAAAGCUGGAAGGGGUUCUUUCACCCUUGCAUCUUGAGGAAAUGGAAUUUGCACAUACUCUGAGGCAGAGCAAAAUCAACAUAAAGAUGUGUCAGUACUCCUACGAACUUCUGCUGCAAUAUCUACAGAAAACACAGUCGAUUACAAUACUCGGAAUUAUUAAUGAACACAUUAAUUUUCAAGUUUCUCCUGGCCAGCCCAGUUCAAUUUCCGAUGAUGCUGAUGUGGUAACUCUGGUUGGGAGCAGCCAUGAAACAGCUAAGCAGAUUAAUCAGCAAGAAAUUCGUUGGGGGUUGCUAGAAGAUUCUUUGGAAGAUCGUUUGGAGAAGGCUGGGGGUUUGAUGUCGGAUUCUGAAAAGGCUGAUGGAGAAAACAAAGAGGGGGACUUAGAAGAGAACAAGAAGAGAUCAGUGGAUGGAGGAAAACAAGGUGCUUCAGUCAAGAAGUUGAAAAAGGACAAGGUGGUUGGUGCCACAGGGAAAACCAUUCGUUCCGAGACAAACACAGUGUCCGUGGCUCCCCGUGUAAAACCAGAGCUUACAUUACCAGUAAUGCCAACAGAAGUAGAACAUUCUAUUCUUGAAGACCUCAGAAACCGUGUACAGUUGGGAAGUUUGGCCCUACCAUCUGUUAGCUUUUAUACAUUCAUUAACACACAUAAUGGUUUGAACUGUUCUUCAAUAUCGCAUGAUGGAUCCUUGGUUGCUGGCGGAUUCUCAGACUCGUCGCUGAAGGUCUGGGACAUGUUGAAGAUUGGACAACAAACAGACACUUCUUCUGUGCAGGGAGAAAAUGAAUCAACUCCUAGUGAGAAUUUGCUGGGAACAGAAGAUGGGAAAAGAUCCUAUUCAUUGUUUCAAGGUCAUGCUGGACCUGUUUAUUCAGCUGCAUUUAGUCCUCUUGGGGAUUUUCUUCUAUCCUCUUCAGCUGACUCAACCGUUCGGUUGUGGAGUACACAGCUGAAUGCAAAUCUUGUUUGCUAUAAAGGUCAUAAUUACCCCGUGUGGGAUGUUCAGUUUAGUCCUGUCGGGCAUUAUUUUGCGAGCUCUUCACAUGAUCGGACUGCUAGGAUUUGGUCCAUGGACAGAAUACAGCCUCUAAGAAUCAUGGCAGGACAUUUAUCUGAUGUCGAUUGUGUGCAAUGGCAUAUGAACUGUAACUACAUCGCAACUGGAUCAAGUGACAAGACUGUUAGAUUGUGGGAUGUGCAGAGUGGAGAAUGUGUUCGCAUUUUCAUUGGUCACCGGAGUAUGAUCCUAUCUUUGGCAAUGUCGCCUGAUGGGCGGUAUAUGGCAUCAGGUGAUGAAGAUGGGAUGAUCAUGAUGUGGGAUCUUUCAAGUGGUCGUUGUGUUACUCCUUUGAUGGGGCACACAUCAUGUGUAUGGACACUUGCUUUUAGUUGUGAAGGUUCGCUUUUGGCUUCUGGGUCUGCGGAUUGUACUGUGAAAUUGUGGGAUGUGACAGCAAGCACCAAGACACCGAGAACGGAAGAAAACAAAGCAGGAAGCACAAAUAGACUAAGAUCAUUGAAGACUCUCCCAACCAAGUCGACUCCAGUUUACUCUUUGCGGUUUUCUCGAAGGAAUCUUCUUUUUGCUGCUGGAGUGCUCUCAAAAAGCGUAUAAUGGAGGCUGUGUCGAUGCCUGUUGAAUUCAGGAACUCCACUAUUUAAGCCCGAGUCCAGGACAAAAGAUUUCAGUAUAUGGUAAGCUUGUGUGCAACAAAGAAAGAUAUGGUAGAUAGGAAUCAUCUUACCGUUGAUUUUCACCAUGCUGGUUCAAGUUGGAGUUUUCGCAACCUGGAUGCAUGUAAAAAUUGCUACUCAACUGCGAAACUUUCAAGUAUUGUCGACAACUUUGAGUGGAAUUUUGUGUAUCUUGUGGAUUCGUUGAGCAACGGAUGAAAUGGGAGUUCGCCUGAUCAGACUAACAUAUAUUUUCGUCUGAACAUCAAACUUAAACAUGGAAAACAUCUUGGGCCGCAAAUUCUUGUAGUUCAUAUUCAUUAGAAGAUUUUUUUGUUCAGUGUGUGAGUUCAGUUGUAAGAUGCUUCUUCCUCUUUUCAAGUCUUACUAGUAAACCCAUUAUUAUUAUUAUUA